AUGUCGGAACUAUUUGCCGCCUCCCGUAGAUAUCUACACGAUGGGAAUUUUACGGAGAGUUUCACUAUCGCAGCCUCUUUUAUCGUUGUUAUCGCUCUCUAUAAACUCGUCCCAUCGCUCGUCAGCCUUUACCGUUGGAAGGAGCCGAAAGUCCGUGUGCCAGUCCUGAACCUUGGAGAAGACAAGAACUACGCCGCAGCUUCCGAGAAGUAUGUGCAUAACUUCAAGGCCAUUCUCCAACAGGGCUGGGAGCGGUUCCGAGAUGGGGUCUAUCAGGUUUGGGGAAUCGAUGGCUUCGUGGUCAUCGUGGCACCCAAGUUUGUUGAAGAACUGAAUGCCAAGGGAACGGACGUUGUUGAUGUUCAUGCUGCGAGCCAGACGCGGAUCAUUGGCGAUUACGAGUGGUUACGAAUUGCAGACCAUCUGCUCUUCCAUUCGGUACAGACGGAUCUGACACGACAGGUUGGUGCAUUAAUCCCUGGUAUGCGAGAAGAGGUCAAGUACGCUUGUUCCUUGCACCUACCCGAUGGUGAAGAGUGGACCUCGGCAGCUCUUUGGCCACGCAUGAUCAAAAUCAUGGCCCUGGCCGUCUCCCGCAUGACUGUGGGCCCGGACCUAAGUCGCGACGAGACUUGGCUUGCUACUAUGGUUGGCUUUCUCGACGACCUGUUCGCUGGCGGCUGGGCCCUCAAGGCCUGGUCUCGGCCCUUGCGCCCCUUGGCUGCCGGUAGUGGUUUGGUUCCGGGGAUACGCAAUGUGUGGAAGCGACAGGCCACUGCCAGAGACAUAUUGAUUCCAAUCAUCAAGCAGCGCCGGACGGCGGAAGCGGUCGCCCGGGCAUCUGGAAAGGAGUGGGAGAGACCGAAUGACUUGCUGCAGUGGAUGACUGAUAAUGCAGCAAAGGACAAGCCACCAAAGAGCGACGGUUUCGUGGCCGAGAUGUGUCUUGUUUCUGGGUUUGGCUCUCUACACGCCUCAGGCGUCACCUUGACCAAUGCGGUUCUGGAUUUGGCGGCAAUGCCAGAGUAUCAGGAAAUCAUCCGACUGGAAAAUCAGGAGGCGCGGAAACGCCUAGAGCCAAAUAUGAAGGAAUCGGCAGUUCUCGGCAGCUUGACAAGACUUGACAGCUUCUUGAAAGAGUCACAAAGAGUUAACCCUACCACGUUGACUGCGUUCUCAAGACAGGUCAUGAAACCCGUGACCUUGUCCAACGGUGUUCAUCUUCCGGAAGGAACUCAUAUCCUCUCCCCUUCGUCCAUGGUGUCAUGGGAUCCGGAAGUUUACUCCUCCCCCGAAAAGUUUGAUGGUCUUCGUUUCCACAAUAAACGGAUGAGUGCGGCCGAUGGAAGUGCCCAUAGAAACCAGUUCACAGGUUACUCUUCGGAGCAGUUGCACUUUGGCUUUGGGCGCCAGGCCUGCCCGGGUCGUUUCUUCGGGAGUGCAAUCAUCAAGCUAAUCCUUCUCUAUCUGGUUGAUCACUUUGAUUUGGAACUUGUCGAUAAGGAGGCAGGGCGACCUCAAAAUGAUAUCAAGGGGGCGAUGAUCACUCCUCGGGAAGAACAGGAGAUUUGCUUUAGGCGUAGAAAGCUUUAG